ACUAUUGAAGCAUCAAGCGCCAAACUGUCUUCUUCCAAAGAUUCCUCGUCAUCCAAGCCAGCAUUGCGCCACCUUCGUCAGCUGUGGCUCCAGAGAGCCAUGGACGAAGGUGACGAUGAGGCAUCAAGGCCAGCAAGCGUCGACUCUUCGUCACAGGAACAGAAACCCACUGACAUUCGUGGGUCUUCGUCUCCUGGCGAUGUUAACACAAUCCCGGUCACCCACAGCGUCAGUUUCGCCGCCGACGACACGGGUAAUGAUAAUGGCUUGACGCCAAUUGGACUUGAGGAAUACAUAUCAAAAAAUGGUGCACGCAACGCAGCGGAGUCCCUUUCUACUGACAGGGACUGUCCACUGCCCACUGACAGGAAAUAUCCAGUGUCCGCUGAAACCAACCCGCGACAGGACAGCGUUCGUAGCAGCAGGAGCGUUACCAUUAGUUUGGCCGACAGCGUUGCAGAGGAAAUCGAUUCACGAUGUCCGGGUGGUGGAGGUGGCAAUUCUUCUUCUUACGGCUGGAGAACAUCCGUUGUCGGAUAUCGAGGAACUUCUUCCACCGGUCGAUCGCUGUGCAGUAUUCAAGAAAACUCGGGUCCUUCAAGUUUAGACUCUUCGACGACCGUAAAUCAGUUCCAAAUGUCGGACGAUGUGGAACAGGGGCGACGUGACACGAUGUUCAGCCGAGACGUGCGCUACAAAGUUUCUUCUGCCAACCCCAACACGCAGCUAUUGGCCGUCAACUACCCAUCCGCGAAUGCAGACGGGAAGAAUAAAAAUAUUAAGAGCCACAGCAUCCAUGGCAUGGGUGAGGAGGACCGGCACAACAGACCCCACCAGGAGAUGGGGCAGCUCACGCCUGAGGAGAAGAGGUUCCUGCUCGCCGUCGAGCGAGGAGACGUCGCUACUGUCCGCAGGAUGUUGGUGCACUCACAAGAGACGGGCUGUAUCAAUAUCAACUGCGUGGACCCACUGGGCCGGUCGGCGCUACUCAUGGCCAUUGACAACGAAAACCUCGAGAUGGUCGAACUGCUCAUUGAACACAAGGUGGAGACAAAAGAUGCUUUGCUCCACGCCAUCAACGAGGAGUAUGUGGAGGCCGUGGAGGUGCUUCUGGAGCAAGAGGAGCAAGUCCACAAGCCUGGAGAGCCCCACAAAUAUCCUAAUAGGUGUAAUGAAUGUGUUCUUGAGCCUCGACCGCCAUUGCCACCUGACCAGAGUUGGGAAGCGAUCCCUCCAGAGACCGCGACCUUCACCAGAGACAUCACUCCUCUCAUCCUGGCUGCUCACAGAGACAACUACGAGAUCAUCAAAAUCCUGCUCGAUCGUGGGGCUACUCUGCCCAUGCCACACGACCUACGGUGUGGGUGUGAGGACUGCGUUACGUCGCGUUUCAACGACUCGUUACGCCACAGCCGCAGCCGCAUUAACGCAUACCGCGCGCUGGCGUCACCGUCACUCAUUGCGCUGUCGUCCAAAGACCCAAUCCUGACAGCCUUUGAGCUCAGCUGGGAGCUCCGGAGGCUCUCCUUCAUGGAGCAUGAGUUCCGGAGUGAAUACCAGGAGCUGCGGAAGCAAUGCCAGAACUUCGCGACGGCGCUGCUGGACCACACGCGUACUUCCUUCGAGCUCGAGGUGCUGCUGAACCACGACCCUGCGGGCCCGCCUCACGAGCACGGCGGGCGUAUGAACCUCAACAGGCUCAAGCUCGCCAUCAAACUUAAGCAGAAGAAGUUCGUGGCGCAUCCUAACGUCCAGCAGCUACUGGCAUCCAUCUGGUAUGAAGGACUGCCAGGAUUCAGAAGAAAAAACAUGGUCCUGCAAGCUCUGGAAAUUGUUAAAAUAGGGUUUCUGUUUCCUAUUUUUGCGAUUGUCUACAUCCUAGCCCCACACACGUCGAUUGGUCAGACGAUGAGAAAACCCUUCAUAAAGUUCAUCUGUCAUUCGACUUCUUACUUCACUUUCUUGGUGCUGCUGAUCCUGGCGUCGCAGCGCAUAGAGACAGAGCUUGUGAACACCCUCAUGCCGAGCCUUAAGAAGUUCGUUGCGACCGACGUGACAAGACGAGGGUCUCCGCCCAGCCUCAUCGAGUGGCUCAUACUGGCUUGGGUGUCCGGCCUGAUAUGGUCCGAGAUCAAGCAGUUGUGGGACGUGGGCCUGAGGGAGUACGUAGGCGACAUGUGGAACGUCAUCGACUUCAUCACGAACGCGUUGUAUGUCGCCACGGUGGCACUCAGGAUAGUCUCUUUUUAUCAGGUUGAGCGAGAACAGGCUGCUCACGUGGUACAGUCUAACAGCCUGUCCCGAGACCAAUGGGACACGUGGGACCCAAUGCUCAUCGCUGAAGGACUUUUUGCCGCAGCCAAUAUCUUCAGUUCGCUGAAGCUCGUGUAUAUCUUCAGCGUGAACCCCUACCUCGGUCCGCUGCAGGUCUCCCUGUCCAGGAUGGUCGUGGACAUCCUCAAGUUCGCCUUCUUGUACCUGCUCACUCUCUUCGCUUUCUCUUGCGGCAUGAACCAGCUCUUGUGGUUCUACGCGGACUUGGAGCGAACUGACUGCGAGAAUUUGACACAUCUCGGGGCGACAACUCUGGGCGACAACAUCACGGCGCUCGCUAAUGGUUCUGAACCUGAACGCGACUACUGCGUCGUUAAGAGAUGGCGUCGCUUCUCCAACUUGUUCGAGACUCUGCAGACGCUAUUUUGGGCGGCGUUCGGCCUGAUCGACCUGACCAGCUUCGACUUAAAGGGAAUCAAAUACUUCACAAGAUUUUGGGGGAUGUUUAUGUUCGGGACAUACUCGGUCAUAAACGUCAUAGUUCUUCUUAAUCUUUUGAUAGCAAUGAUGAACCAUUCCUACCAACUGGUCUCAGUAAGUUCUGGCAAACACGGCUUUAAGGAACGCGCGGACGUCGAGUGGAAGUUUGCCAGAAGCAAACUCUGGAUCAGUUAUUUUGAAGAAGGCGAAACUUGCCCGCCGCCGUUCAAUAUCAUCAUUGCUCCAAAAAGUGUUUACUACUUUUUCAGGUGGUUCCACAGGAAAUUCUGCCGCAGGACGAAAGCUGCAAAGAAGGAACACAUGAAAACUAUUCGGAGGAAGGCUAAGCAAGCAAGUGAGAGAGAGCUGCGUUACCAGAGCAUCAUGCGUAACUUGGUACGUCGCUACGUUACCGUGGAGCAGAGGAAGGCGGAGAAUCAAGGCGUCACAGAAGACGACGUUAACGAAAUAAAGCAGGAUAUUUCGGCCUUCAGAUGCGAGCUCGUUGAGAUCCUCAAGGACUCUGGCAUGAACACUUCGACCGCCAACACAUCAGGGCAAGGUAUUCGGCCACGAGGGAGUUCCGGCGGGAAAAAGAAUCGCCAGAAGGAACGUCGUCUGAUGAAGGGCUUCAAUAUCGGGGUGGGUUCUCUCUCCAACCCUCUGGCCAACUCCGUAACAACGACGGGAACAUCUUUGAAUGAGGAACCCGUCGAUACUAUGAACGCGGCGGCCAGCAGCGUUGGGGCGGUCAGUCGGGCGCUGCAGCAGCGGUCGCCAGCAAGCAAGCUGGCAAGGCUUGCUAGGCUUGCAGAGUCUAAACUGGGGCGACCGAACAACAAGAAACGCUGGGGUACUCUCGUCGAGGCUGCCAAGAGCGCCAAAGUCACCAAAAUGCUCUCCAAGUCUCGGUCGGAUGAGUCCAUGUCGUCGGGGAACGAGUGUGAACAAGAACAAGAGCCUCUGCAGGAUGAUGACCGCUCCCCAGAUGAUGGAUUGAGUACUCAUGGAGGUCAAGAAAUGGAAAAUCGCAUUAGUGUUUCUGGGAUUUUACGUCCAAAUAAUGGAACAGGCGGAGGUUUGUCUCUCGACCCCGCCGCUUUGGCAGCCAGACACUUGACAGAAAAAUUUCGCACGAGACGACCACCGAAAACCAGCGUAAGUUUCGAUGAGAACGCCCCAGGCAAUGAAAACGCGAAUACAAACCAGGAGUCGAGUUUGAACAAUCUUGUUGAAUCGGUGGACCAUGUUCACCCAGCGGGCUGCUCAUCAUCUGUGGACAGCAGAAGUAUUUCCCCGUCCCUUGUCGCCAGUGAAUCUUGUGAACCCCUUAUGCUAUUCCAGAACCGCAGCAUCGCCAAUCAAAAUGCCCCGCUAAAUCGUUUAAGCCCCAGCAGCAGUGAACCUCCCUCGGACAUUCCCUCCUCAGGCCGACCGGCGAACGGGUCACUGCAAGCCUCCCACCUACCAGGCGUACAGACCACCAACCAGCAGGUGGCGGGCGGGUGGCUCUGAUCCCGUCGGACUGGGUCUCAGGACGAAUGUACCGAAGACCCUCCUCGUCGUCUCAUAUGUAAAUAUCGUUCAUCCCCCACCAUCAGCCACACGGUCACCAUCACCAGGUCCUACUCACAUCUCUGAUGAUUCAUAUUUCACACAAUGUCUUUUUCCAUCAAGUUUUAGUUAUACCCUCUUGAAGUAUUACGAAAACUAUGUAUGUAAAAGCUCGAUACGAUACAUUUUUCUUUUACUGGUUAUUCGCUCACUGGCCUGUGUAUUUUGACAGUUUCCUGAAACCAGGUUGUCGUUGCGAGAUAUAUUCAAGUAUGAACAUUAUAAGUACUUUUUGAUAGAUUUUUAACAAAGUUUGAGAACUCAACGUCGAGAUAAACAAAUUUUGAAAAUUGAAGGUUUCUCUACCAAGUAAUCCUCAUACAUGUCAAAAAUAUGUCAAAAGGGGAAUUUCAUUACCAUCUGUUCAGUGAUUUCCUUAUCUACAUGUUGAAAAUUAUUUUGUCUGAUUUCUUUGGAUUAUUUGAAAACAAUCUGAUUCGUUCAACAGUAAAUAUGUGUUCCAAAUUAGCUCAUUUCCUUAUGGGCAAUAUGAAACGCUUAUAAUUGAUGGGUAGGAGUAUAUUGGAGCUCGACUAGGAUAUAUAUUUUGAGGAGGUGGAUAUAUAAACGAGAAUUUUGUUAAGAUACUUUGUUGGAUAUUCGAACCAAUUUUUGAAUCUUUGUUUAUAGUUUGUUAGAUGAACCUUUUCAAGUAAGUAUCUUAAUCAUUACUUGCAUAUCAUUUGCAUCAGAAAUACUCCUUUGUUGAUGAUAUUUUCUGGAAGAAAAGAUUCAAUUUAGAUUGCUAACAAUUAUUUAAAAAAUUUUGCCAUCUAUAGGGGUGCGAGCAAUCUUCCGAGCUAAUGCGAUGCAUUUCAUAGCAUCAAAAAAGUUUAUAGAAAGAAUGUGGCUGGAAAGUUACUAAAUUCUGAACAUUCUAAACAUCCUUGUUCUAAUAGUUACGCAUAAAAUAGCUUAAUACUAUCAGGUCAGGAACCACUGAUGCUGAAAACUUUUAAAUUCAAAGUUAAUGCUAAUGUAAUAAUUAACUUUCUACUAAGGUGGAAAGCUUUCGCACAAAUAUUUAUUCACUUCUAGAUUAAUUUCUAUUUUAGAAUAUAACAUAAGAAACUGUUAUUUUCCUCGAUACAUCUGCAUUUCGUCUCAGGACCUAUCUCCUUAACGAGACCGAGCAUGAGUAAAAGGGAUGAUGCAUGUUAACAGUUGAAUGAUACGCUUAAAAAUUGCUAAGGCCGCAUUGUUCAGAUCUCAGGUAGUUUAUAAUCAUUGAAUUUGUUCAGUAAACACGAAUGUACAUUCUUGAUUAAUUGAUUAAGAGAUAUGAAAUAUAAAUCUAUGUCAAUCCUGC